CCUUAUAAAUCUUCCCGCAGUUUCACCCUCGCCUUCGGUCUGAUCCGCUCUUCGUUCGGUUACUUAAAAACAAACCUAACCGAGGUAAACAAUAAAGAUGACUCAGACGCAGCUCCAGGUACCGGAGACGUUAGGGGAUCUGAUUCAACAACUUCAUGAGAUCUUCUCUAGCGAUAAAAUCAACGUGGAAGAAGUGCAAAUGCUGAUGGAAUCUUAUAAAAGUAACCCCGCGGACUGGAGUAAAUUCGCAAAAUUCGAUAAAUACAGAUACACUCGAAAUCUUGUGGACCAUGGAAAUGGAAGGUUCAACCUGAUGAUUCUUUGCUGGGGUGAAGGACAUGGCAGCAGUAUCCAUGACCACGCCAAUUCACAUUGCUUCCUGAAGAUACUACAAGGGCAGCUGAAAGAAACUUUGUAUAAUUGGCCUGAUGGUGAUCACAAGAAUCAGGAGCUGACCAGGAGAUGGGAGAAAACCUUCCUUGAAAAUCAGUGCACCUACAUCAAUGAUACCAUCGGCCUGCACCGGGUGGAAAACGUGAGUCACACAGAAUCGGCAGUGAGCCUUCACCUGUAUAGUCCACCAUUCAACAGCUGUCAUUGUUUCGAUGAAAGAACAGGUCAUAAGAACCAAGUUAACAUGACAUUCUGGAGCAGAUUUGGUGAACGAACACCUUUUGAAGCCUCAGUGUCUAAAGAAAACAACUGAACCAGAUCGGCCAAGAAAAUCCGUGAAAUGUAAUAUCUAUUCUCAUGCGAUGAUAAAGACCUUUACGGAUGGAAUUCAAAGAACGUGUUUUGAUGAAUUGACUUCUCAAUGAGGAUUCCUCUUCUUUAAAUGAACACUGAGACACCAGAUUCUAUUUUUGCAUAAUUUUUAAGCACAAAAAGGUCUGAAAAUCCUAUUGUAUUUUAACUUUUAUCUAAGAACAUUCUUUGCACUGUACCUUUCCACUUCCCUUUCACAUGAGUUCUUUCUCAUGCCUCUGUCAGCUGGUUUUGAACUGCUUCCCUGAACAAGAAGCAAAAAGACUGUAAAUUUAAUUUGGAUGAAUUCACUACGCUGUUUGCCAGAUACAAAUGACCAUGCAGACCACAAGUUUUAUUUGCAGACCACAAGUCCUUAGGACUCACCACUAAACUAUCUGAAACGAGCAGUGAUGGUUCUUCUCUUAUUCCAGAUUACAGGCUCAAUAUUAUUGUGUGAGGUAAUAGUGGAUGAAUACUCCUCCAUCUUUAUCAGAUUCCAACCACCCAUUCCAGCAAUUUUGAAGAAAGCUUAAGAAACAAAGUCCUAUAGCUAAUUCAGGUGUGUCCUGUUAUACAGUACUGUCUAAUGCUUCAUGGGCAUUCAGGCUAUCCCAAGAGGACGCUGAUCCACAAAUUGCUUUUCUAGAAUAUCUGUCAUACCUUCCAAUCCAUGUGAUCAUCUUACAGUUACAAUUCUAUCUUACAUCUGCCUGAAUGGUUGUAAGGAGUCAGUUUUACUAAUAUGUUUCCCUGUGUCUGAUUUCAGCAGUCAAUUGUCCAUUUAAAAUAAACAAGCUGAAACUGUG